AUGAAAGGUGUUUCAGCCCUUUGUAUUUAUAAUGAGCUUUAUCAGAAAAGCAAGCUGAGUUCACGAGCUGUCUCAUGUUACUUCAAGCCUAAAGGCGCUACCAACUGCGAAAAGAAAAUUACGUGUCUUCGUUCUAAACUAGCUGAGUACAGCUACAACAAAAGUACAAAGCACAGCUUCCAUUAUUUAAACGCAACAAGAAUUUCCGAUGAAUUCCCUGUGCAAAAUUUCGACGAGUGUUGCUUUAAAUGUGUACAGGACUCGACUUGCCUCUCUGUGAAUGUGGCAAGUUCUUUUGACAAAAGCAAACUGUUUUGGUGCGAGAUGAUGGCGUCUGAUAAAUAUGUCAGUUCGAAAAGCUUUCAAGAAAACUCAACUUCGCAUCACUUUUCCAUCAUGACACCAUGUCUUGCAGAACCGUGUAAAAAUGGGGGGAUGUGCAAGCCGAACUAUGGCGAUGGAAACUACGAAUGUCAAUGUCUAAUAGGUUCCAAGGGAAAGAACUGUCAUGAAGACGUCUGCAGCCUGACAGACGGGUGGAAAAAGUUCAACCUGUCGUGCUAUAAGUUUUUUAACGUCAAAACAAAGUGGGACAAAGCGAAGCAGCAUUGUUCGGAUUUGGGUUCCAUAUUGGUUACAAUUCAUUCUCUUGAAGAGAAUCAGUUUGUCGCCUCUUUAGCUCCUACUAAUACGACCAUUUGGAUUGGAGCCAGUGACACUGUCCUGGAGGGAACCUGGGUCUGGCUGGACGGUGAAAACUGGGGCGGAUAUGCAAACUGGGGUGGAAGUAAUCCCAAUAAUAGCAGAGGUAAAGAAAACUGUGCGUUGACCGUAAAUGGCAAGUGGAAUGAUGUAGACUGCAAUUUGUCACGUACCUACGUCUGUAAGACGAAGAACUGAAAAAUUAGAGCACUUGUCAACAGCUACCCAUGUCAGCGCUAUAAUUCGGACCCACCCAUCAGGAUCAGCAAUUAAUCAGGUACAGCAUUUAACUCAGUCUGGAACGCUUUUAGAUUGAGAGCCGCAAGAACCAAACCCAAAUUCAUGCGAAAUGGCUGCAAAAAAAUCGGAAUAUUACUGGGAAAUUAGGUAAAAACAAGUGUUUGAAUCGCGGGAAGUGCAAGUGAACAAGUGGUGGUUGAUUUUACUUUUCAUCUGAUUGGGUGAGGAGGUGGCACGUAACGAACAUCCUGGACCAAUCAGAGAGCUUGAAUUAUGCGAACUAGAAGGCUGGUCUGCUGGUUGGUUUAAUGUGCUGGAUCUCUGAACAGUGACCUCAGUUUCAAGUAGCCCUGGUGAUUUUCACUUGUUACCUGUGCUGAGAAAAACAUUAGGUCGU